AUGCCAGCUCCACCGAAGGCGGAGGAGGGACGCAUCACGGUGUGUGUUCGUGCCCGUCCUCUUAAUGAGCGAGAAAAGCGUCUGAACUCACCGCUCUGUUUGCUUUUUCGCGGUGGUACUACCGUGAGUAUUUACAGAAAGGCGGUCUCAUCAAGUGGUGGAGUGGAAGGCGAUGAGGCUUCUGGUGGGAAGGCAUUUACAUUCGAUCGCGCCUAUGACUGUGAUGUUGGGCAAUCCACUGUGUAUGAGGAUUUGGGAGUGCCGGUACUACAUGCGAGUGUUAAAGGAUUUAAUACAUGUAUAUUUGCUUAUGGACAAACAGGUAGUGGGAAGAGUUAUUCUAUGAUGGGACCAUCCGGUGGGCGAGAUUUGGUUGUGGAUCCGGGAAUUAUUCCCCGAUUAUCCAAAGGUCUCUUUGCAAUGUUAGGUAAAUUAGUGGAAGAGAAUAAGGCGGAGCGAGAGAAGGCAGUUUCAUCUGGUAUUCCAGAACAUUCCCUUCCUCCAGAGUUAACAACAAUUGUUGCAGUAAGCUAUUUGGAGAUUUAUCAAGAACGUGUAAACUGUCUUUUAAAUUCAAAAUCUGAGAAUCUCAGAGUUCGUGAACAUCCUGUAAUGGGAGUAUAUGUGGAAGGUCUUACAGAAGUACAAGUAGAUUCAGAAGAAAGUAUUUUGAGGCUUAUGAACGGUGGGAAUCAAUCUCGUCAUACAGCAGCAACAAAGAUGAAUGAUCGUUCCAGUAGAUCUCAUGCUAUUUUUGCCAUUUCAUUAAUACAAAAACGAACUAGCAAAACAAAAGAGGGUAAAAUGGCUUGUACAGAAUUACGAUCAAAAAUUAAUCUUGUCGAUCUUGCAGGUAGUGAACGAGCAAAAUCUACUGGAGCUGAAAAAGAAACACUUCGUGAAGGUGCUAAUAUUAAUAAAUCACUUACGGUAUUAGGUCUCGUUAUUAGUGCAUUAGCAGACCUUUCUAAACAAAAAACAGAUGUAACAGCUGCUAAACAUAUACCUUAUCGUGACUCUACUCUCACUUUUAUCUUAAAAGAGUCACUUGGUGGAAAUAGCAAAACCUUUAUGCUCUCUACACUUAGUCCAGCAGCAGCAAAUUUUGAUGAAACACUAAGUACAUUACGGUAUGCAGACCGGGCCAAAUCUAUAGUAACACGAGCCACUAUUAAUGAAACAGCUGGUGAUAAGAGAAUACGAGAAUUAGAAGAAGAAGUUAAAUAUUUACGAGAAAAAAUGCAACACUAUAAAGAAUUGGCUGUACGUGGAAAAGUUUCAAAUGAUGUUGGUAAAUUAUCAGAAUCAACGAAUCGUACAUUUGCUGAUGAUGAACCUAAACCAGAUGAUUAUACUGCUGGUGGUGAUGAAGAAGAAGUAAAUUAUAUAAAUGCUGUAACUCCACGUCUACCUCGAGAUGCAGCAGCGUUAGAAGCAGAAUUACACCGUGCAGAAGAAUUUAUACAUAAACUAACUGAUGUUGAGAAAGGACGUAUGGGGUCUCCUAAUGUAUUGGAGUUAUACCGUGAUACCUCUACUAUAAGAGCUAAACGCAAUGAACCUUUUCUUCUUAAUGUGGAUGCUGCUGGAGAUUGGGUAAUGGAAUACCUUGUGGCUGGUUUAACUUAUUUAGGAACAGAAGCAGGUGAAGAAAGUAAUGAUACUCACUAUAUUAUAGUAAAUGGACCUAAUACUUCUGGUAUUGCCCCUCAACAUUGUUGUUUUGUACGUCAAGAACGUGGACAAAUAUUUAUUCGUCCUUUAAAAGAUAAUGCCACAUAUAUAAAUGAUGAAACAGAACCUUUACAAAAAGAUACACUUCUAAUAAGUGGUACAAUGAUUUGCAUUGGUGAUGAUUAUUUACAGUUUAAAUUCACAGAUCCUUCUGCAGUUCAACUCACAUCUCGACGAAGACCUGUUCGUGGUGUAGAUGGUACCCCAGUUUCUUCCCCUUUAACCACUAAUAUGCUUUCAAAAAUACAAGGAGGUGAAACGCCUAAAGGUGUACCUUCCAUCACUAUGGGUAGUAGUGUGGCUUCAGCUACACCGCCUUCAACGACGGGAAUUCCCGCUAUUCCAUCACUGCGAUUAAAAGAAGUUUUGCAACGACGUUCUCCCGGUAGUGUUCAACCAACAGCAACAACAACAGCAACAACAACAACACAUCAGGAUCCAAUGACACCUGGUGGGUCAACCAUUAUACCAAGUUCACGAACUACUCGCACUGUAGGUUUAACUCCAAAAGCUGCACGAACAACAGGGAAGGUUAUGUUUGCACCAACAGAAGAAAUGGAUAUUGUAUAUCGGCAUACGUUUCUAUUUUUGGGAGCGAAUAACUGUGGAAAAAGUGCUUUUCGAGAAAAUCUACAAAAACCUGAUAAAUGGUAUUCCGCUUUUGCUAAUGAUAAAUUACAUGUACAACCUACUUUUGGUGUGGAGUCAUCAUUAAUUGAAACUCCAGCUGGAUAUCAUCCUGUACAAAUGAAUUUAAUGGAAUUGAGUGGAAAUGGUUGUUUUUCUCUUCUUGAGGGUAUUUUACCUACUAGACGAGUGACCUACGUACUUUGUUUCUCGUUAAAGGAAUCUCCUUCUUUGGAAACAUUACAACCUCUUUUGGAGUUUAUUCUUUGUAAAACUACUACUCGAGAUGCGACUGUGGUUCUCAUUGGUACUCAUCUUGAUGAAGCUUUUCUUAACCAAAGCGAGUUAGCACGUUUUUUUGCAGAUAUUGAAAUGGAAGUCAAUAAUUAUUUCCGUCUUCUUCAAAGUGUUGCCGAGAUGCGACCUACUAUUGUAGGACAUUUUGCUGUAGAUAAUAUCAAUCGUACCGUCUUUUCUCCAUCAUUUUCAAAGAUGAAAAGAUUUCCUGAAUUACUUACUUGGUUUGGAGAACAAUCUAUUCAACGAUGUCGUAAUGAUUUAGACUUUCCAAAUGCACAAAUACCAGUACGUACAAUGUUAUUAGCUAAAAAAGUACGUGAACUCUAUCAUGAAGGAAAAUGGUGUAUCUCUUCAUCUGGGUAUAAAGUAAUGGCAAAGGCUUUAGAUGCUCGUUAUGGAAUGAAUUUGGAAGAAUUACAUCGACAUACACAACUUUUAAUGAGUUGGGGAAUUCUAAAUCAUCACUACAGACAUCUUACUAUGAAGAAAAAUAUUAUUUUGGAUGUUCCUUGGGUAUAUCGUUUGGUGGCUGUACUUGCCUGUUGUACACCUGUACGGGGAAAUGAAAUACCAAGUGACUCUUCAUGGCGACCAUCACCGUUUUUAAGUUGUCGAAAGAUGGUUGAACAUCUUUCUCCUGUUCUUCCAUUUGAUGCGGAUGAGGUUUUGGAUUCUGAUGUUUGUCAUGUUCUUAAUAGAGGGGUAUUAACUAUAAAAACAGCUAGAAUUCUUUUUCGUAAUGUUUUGGCAGAAAAGAAAUUUGGGCUUAGUCAUCUUGAUGGAUUACUAGAGUUAUUACGUAGUUAUGACUUUAUUAUUAUGGGAAGUCGUCUUAAGUUAUCUUACUUCUUUGAUGGUUUACAACGAUAUAAAAAAGAUGCGAAUGGAAAAGUUAUUUCUACAAAUAAUGGGGGUAAUGAUAUUAAUGUUUAUGAAGAUGAUGAUGGCAAAGAAGAUGAUGGCUAUAAUAGUGAUGAAGAGGAUAAUGGUGAUGAUGCAACAAAGACUACUACUACCACUACUACUACUACUAAAGAAAAUAAUCGAGAAAAGGGAGUUGAAGAGGAUAAACUACCUGAAAAAAAUCCUAAAAAACAACAAGAAAUGUUUGUUUUAAUACCUGCGUGUUUUACCAGUCAACCACCCUCCGCUUUUUGUGUGCAUUUACCUUCUUUUUUGUUUGGACCAUUUUAUCGCUUUACGCUUAAUAUGGUCCCACAUAAUUUUUUCUCACGUGUUAUCUGUCGUGUAUCGCAGUAUGCAACGAAAGUGUAUUUGGGUCCUGUGAAUGCCCGUCGUGUGGAUAUAGAAGACCUUUUAGGUGGCGAUGAACUCAGCAAUGGCAAUAAUAAUAAUAAUAAUAAUAAUAAUAAUAAUAGUGAUAGAGGUAAUGUGAAGAGUACAACACAUACAAAGCCGCAUGUAACGGCCUGUGUGGUGGAUAAGAGUCAAUUUUGGGAUAAUGCGGCGUGGGUGGUUGGAUCCAACACCAGUCGUGCGUUACUUCGUAUGGUCCAACACUCUCUCUUUGUCACUUUUCACGAUUUUGAUGAUGAUGGGGAAUUCUACGAUGGUCUUCGUUAUAUUGUGCGGAAUAUUGUUUAUGAGAGUCCUGGGGUAAUGUGUGAUGAGAGUAUUCUCUGUUCCCGUGGGUGGUUGGAAGAGGAUGAGAAGUUUGGGGAGGAACACGGGGAUAAGGUCUAUUGGCGUGGAGUGGAUGAGAAUAUUAAUUCCCUCGAGAAGAUUCGACAACGGGAACAGUUUGCACUCAUGACAGCACGGGUGAAUAAUACCUCUCGACCCAUGUAUGCUAAUCGUAAUAAUAAUAAUAAUAACAGUCCUGGUGCCAAUAAUAACAAUAGUGAUAAUAAAGAUAAGAGUGAAGAAGAAGAUCCAGAUGUGGUGAUUCCAUUCGUGCGAAAUCGUAUGGACUGUAUUGAUGAAGAGGCAUCAUUGCGGCGUAUCUGCGCAGAUUCUCUCUUAACAGACGGUGUGCUGCAGGAAGUGAAGACGGCACUGCACGCUAUUUACAUCGCACAGCGCCGUGGUAGCUUCACCGAACAAUGCUGCGCUACGGAUAGACUCGUUGAUGCACUCGCCCAGGCAUAA